AUGGCCGAAAGCUCUCAUACGGCGGCAGCUUUGAGACCACAUUGGCAACAAAUGUCAAAUAGCAGCGGCAAAACAUUCUACACCAACCAUGCUACCAGAACCAACACCUGGCAGAGCCCUGAAGCAGAAACGGAUGGAAGCGGUCUACCUGUAGCUUGGCAAGCGCUGGUGGACAGCGAGGGCAAGACUUACUACAUCAACCAUGCGUCGAAGAUGAGCACUUUUGAUAGACCCGAGAAUCCAGUAGGCGAGCUUCCGGGAGGAUGGGAGAUCUUGCGUACAGCCGAAGGCGUUGCGUUCUUUGCCGACCAUGACACCCACACCACAACGUGGAAAGAUCCUAGGGCUCCGUAG